UCGAAACUGAAAAGCAGCUGCGCCCAGCUCAACACUCAGGAGGGGGAGACGCUAUAGAUGGAAAGCUUCAGGGCCUGAGGAUGGGGCAGGGACUCAGCAACACCCCAGCCUCAGAGCUGGACAAGUUCAUAGAGGACCACCUCCUUCCCGACACCAGCUUCCGUAAUGAUGUCAGAGCCGUCAUCGAUGUCAUGUGUACUUUUCUGAAGGAGAGAUGCUUCAAAGGCGCCGCCCACCCUGUGAGGGUCUCCAAGGUGGUGAAGGGCGGCUCCUCAGGAAAAGGCACAGCUCUAAAGGGCAGGUCAGAUGCUGACCUGGUGGUGUUCCUGAACAAUCUCACCUGCUUCGAGGACCAGUUAAACCGACGCGGAGAGUUCAUCCAGGAAAUUAAGAAACAACUGCACAAAUUUCAGAGAGAGAGACAUAUUUGGGUGAAGUUUGAGGUUCAGAGUUCAUGGUGGUCCAACCCCCGAGCACUCAGCUUCAAGCUGAGCUCCCCACAGCUUCGCCAGGAGGUGGAGUUUGAUGUGUUACCAGCCUAUGAUGUCCUGGGCCAUGUCAGCGUCUACUGCAAGCCCGACCCUGAGAUCUACAGAAGGCUCAUCAGGAAGUGUACAUUCCUGGACAAGGAGGGCGAGUUCUCCACCUGCUUCACAGAACUUCAGAGAAACUUCCUGAAGCAUCGUCCGACCAAGCUGAAGAGUCUUAUCCGCCUGGUCAAACACUGGUACCAACUGUGUAAGGAGAAGCUGGGGAAGCCGCUGCCCCCACAGUAUGCCCUGGAGCUGCUCACAGUCUACGCCUGGGAACAUGGGAGUGGAUUCACUGAGUUCAACACAGCCGAGGGCUUCCGGACCGUCUUGGAACUGGUCACCAAGCACAGGCAGCUUCGAAUCUACUGGACAAUGUAUUAUGACUUUCAAGACCAAGACAUCUCCAAUUACCUGCACAGGCAGCUCACAAGAGCCAGGCCUGUGAUCCUGGACCCGGCUGACCCAACAGGGAACGUGGCCGGUGGGAACCCAAAUGGUUGGAAUCGGUUGGCAGGAGAGGCUGCGACCUGGCUUCGGUACCCGUGCUUUAAGAACAAGGAUGGUUCCCCGGUAUGCGCCUGGGAUGUGCCGACGGAGGUUGAUGUGCCAUACCAGGAGAACCAGAAGAGUAAUUUUUUCCUUAAUCUCUGUUUGUUGUUGUUGUUUUUGUUUCUUUUCAUUGUUUCAAGGGCUUCUUCUGCAUAGCGCACACAGCCGGAGCUAGCAACCCUUCUGUAUUAGUGCUGUGAUAACUGCAUUGUAGGCCUUGUUAUAACCCGAACAGGGAUGGUCCUGUAGCUCCUGUGCCACUGCAGGACCAGUAUGCGAGUCUCAGGAACUAUGCCUGGAGACUUAAAAACACACAGAGACAGGCACAGAGACAGACAGACAGACAGAGAAAGACAUGAGGACACGGAGAAAGACAGAGACAUGGGCACGGGUCAUCCUUGAUACAAGAAUGCCAAAUGCCAAACUUCAUUGUGCUCAGGGAAAAGCUUCUAUGGGGAUCCUUAGCCAUGCCCAGCUCUUGGGAUUUUUCAUCUGCAGGCCUUGUGCUCGGAGCAGCUGCAGGCAAGAUCUCAUGCUCAGUUCAUUCCAGCAGGCAAAGACUCAGAGGCAGGCAAAGAAAAUCAAGGGGCCCGGGAUCUGUAGCUCCCAACAGUGCUGAUGUGCCCUGCCUUCCCUCCAUCCUCAGAUGGGCAAGAACGGGGCAUUUGUCCGCCUGUGAGCACAGCAGCACCUGCCCAGAAGACCCCCGAGUCAGGGGAGGUGCUCCUUUGCUGCAGGCCUUGACCAGAGAGGGCAGGAUGCUGCUCAAGGUCCCAGAGGAGGAGUGUCCACCCUGGGAUCAGACUCCAGUCUUCUGACCCCUGCCUGCCCACCCUUCUAUCCUGUCCUAUCACAGACAGCCUUCCUUACAGCCAACUUCAUCUGCCUUAUCCUCUGACAGUGUUCUCUCGGGAACAAGAGAUUCAGAAGGGGAGGGGAGAACCCACGCUUGACUUCUGUCUGUACACCUGUCAGGAGCUUCUCUCCAGUGUCUAAUAACAACAAUAAACCACAGCCGAUGUCAUGAGGGUGUGUGAGACGAGCCAGAGAAGUAUAGGUGUGUGUGUGUGUUCAUGGUUCAACUAGAUUCAUUUAUUGUGCACUUGUUACACGCUCCACAUGGGUCCAGGCACUGAUGGCUCAGCCAUGGACAGCGCAGAAACAAAUUACAGCAUUUUAUUCUGGUAGGUUAGGAUCCCUCCAGGUCUCUUAUCUAUAAAUUCAUGACAGGAAUCCUUGGUUCUUUCUGUUCAUGUCCCCAAGACAAGAUUCAAGACCUGCCCCAUCUGACUCAGAAGUUGUCCCACAACUGCACAUGGCUGCGGGGACCUGGGUGUGUGAGCCGUGCACAUGAAGAUGCAUGGUGGCUGCAACAUGCAGGCUGGGGUUCGAGGAAGUGCAUGAAAAAUAAAAAGUGCAUUGAAUUUUUAUUCAAAGGCACUGGUGACUUUGAAACGUGGUUGUCUGGGGUGAUGAUGAACUUUUGAUGUGCUGCAUUAAAUCUCAUGGAGUCUCA